AUGAGUCGUCAAUUUCCAUAUUCAAGUGCUCCACUUCGUUCAGUUAAAGAAGUUCAAUUUGGGUUAUUAUCUCCAGAAGAAGUUCGUGCUAUUUCGGUUGCGAAAAUCGAAUAUCCAGAAACAAUGGAUCAAGCAACCAAGAAGCCAAGAGAAGGUGGAUUAAAUGAUCCAAGAUUAGGUUCUAUUGAUAGAAAUUUUAGAUGUCAAACAUGUGGUGAAGAUAUGGCAGAAUGUCCUGGACAUUUUGGUCAUAUUGAAUUAGCUAAACCAGUUUUUCAUAUUGGUUUCAUUGCUAAAAUCAAGAAGGCUUGUGAAUGUAUAUGUAUGCAUUGUGGGAAAUUAUUAUUAGAUGAAACUAACCCAGCUAUGGCUCAAGCUAUUAAGAUUAGAGAUCCAAAGAAGAGAUUUAAUGCCGUGUGGAGUAUAUGUAAAACUAAAAUGGUUUGUGAAACUGAUCAAACUGAGGAUGACAUGCAAGUCGAUUCAAGGAAUCAACCAUCUUCUACUUCUCAUCGUGGUGGAUGUGGUCACACUCAACCAACUAUUCGUAGAGAUGGGUUGAAAUUAUGGGGUACAUGGAAACAUAAUAAGAGUUUUGAUGAAAAUGAACAACCAGAACGUCGUCUUUUAACUCCAUCAGAAAUCUUAAAUGUAUUUAAACAUAUUAGUUCAGAAGAUUGCUAUAGACUUGGGUUCAAUGAAGAUUAUGCAAGACCAGAAUGGAUGUUGAUUACUGUUUUGCCAGUUCCUCCUCCACCCGUUAGACCCUCCAUUGCGUUUAAUGAUACAGCCAGAGGUGAAGAUGAUUUAACUUUCAAGUUAGCUGAUAUCUUAAAAGCGAACAUCAAUGUGCAAAGGCUUGAAACUGAUGGUUCACCACAACAUGUCAUUAGUGAAUUUGAAGCAUUAUUACAAUUUCAUGUUGCAACUUAUAUGGAUAAUGAUAUCGCAGGUCAACCUCAAGCACUUCAAAAGACUGGGCGUCCAAUUAAAUCUAUUAGAGCAAGAUUAAAAGGUAAGGAAGGAAGAUUGAGAGGUAAUUUGAUGGGUAAGCGUGUGGAUUUCUCAGCUCGUACAGUUAUUUCUGGUGAUCCUAACUUGGAUUUAGAUCAAGUUGGUGUACCGAUAUCUAUUGCCAAAACUUUAACAUAUCCUGAAAUUGUCACUCCGUACAAUAUUCAUAGAUUAACGGAAUUAGUUAGAAAUGGUCCAAAUGAACAUCCAGGUGCAAAAUAUGUGAUUAGAGAUACUGGUGAUCGUAUUGAUUUAAGAUAUAAUAAACGUGCGGGGGACAUUGCUUUACAAUAUGGUUGGAAAGUUGAACGUCAUUUGAUGGACGAUGAUCCAGUUUUAUUCAAUCGUCAACCCUCGUUACAUAAAAUGUCGAUGAUGGCGCAUAGAGUUAAAGUCAUGCCUUAUUCAACUUUUAGAUUGAAUUUAUCAGUUACUUCUCCAUAUAAUGCGGAUUUCGAUGGUGAUGAAAUGAAUUUACAUGUUCCACAAUCUCCUGAAACAAGAUCAGAAUUAUCACAAAUUUGUGCUGUGCCAUUACAGAUUGUUUCUCCUCAAUCUAAUAAACCAGUUAUGGGUAUUGUGCAAGAUACAUUAUGUGGUAUUCGUAAAAUGACAUUGCGUGAUAAUUUUAUAGAAUAUGAUCAAGUUAUGAAUAUGUGUUAUUGGAUUCCUAAUUGGGAUGGUGUUAUUCCUCCACCUGCUAUUGUUAAACCAAAACCAUUGUGGAGUGGUAAACAAUUAUUAUCUUUGGCAAUUCCAAAGGGUAUUCAUUUGCAAAGAUUUGAUGGAGGAAGAGAUUUAUUAAGUGCCACAGACAAUGGUAUGUUAAUUGUUGAUGGGGAAAUUAUGUUUGGGGUUGUUGAUAAAAAAACCGUUGGGGCAACUGGUGGUGGUCUAAUUCAUACUGUCAUGAGAGAAAAAGGACCACAAGUAUGUGCACAAUUAUUCAGUUCAAUUCAAAAGGUUGUCAAUUUCUGGCUUUUACAUAAUGGUUUCUCUAUUGGUAUUGGUGAUACUAUUGCUGAUGCAAGUACCAUGAAGACAGUUAGUUCAACAAUUCAAGAAGCUAAAGAUAAAGUCCAAGAAAUUAUUCUUGAUGCACAAAAUAAUAAGUUGGAACCAGAACCAGGUAUGACUUUAAGAGAAUCAUUUGAACAUAAUGUUUCUCGUGUAUUGAAUCAAGCGCGUGAUACUGCAGGUCGUUCUGCAGAAAUGAAUUUGAAAGAUUUGAAUAAUGUGAAACAGAUGGUUACUUCAGGUUCCAAAGGUUCAUUUAUUAAUAUUUCUCAAAUGUCUGCAUGUGUAGGUCAACAAAUUGUCGAAGGUAAGAGAAUUCCAUUUGGUUUCUCUGAUCGUUCUUUACCACAUUUCACUAAGGAUGAUUAUUCUCCCGAAUCAAAAGGUUUUGUUGAAAAUUCUUAUUUGAGAGGAUUAACACCACAAGAGUUCUUUUUCCAUGCUAUGGCUGGUAGAGAAGGUCUUAUUGAUACUGCUGUUAAAACUGCCGAAACUGGUUAUAUUCAACGUCGUUUGGUUAAAGCAUUGGAAGAUAUUAUGGUUCAUUAUGAUGGUACUACAAGAAAUUCAUUAGGUGAUAUUAUUCAAUUCAUUUAUGGUGAAGAUGGUAUUGAUGGUACUCAAGUUGAAAAACAAUCUAUUGAUACUAUUCCAGGUAGUGAUGAAAGUUUUGAACGUAGAUAUAGAAUUGAUGUUUUAGAUCCAGCUAAGUCUAUUCCAGACUCUUUAUUAGAAUCAGGUAAACAAAUUAAAGGUGAUGUUAAAUUGCAAAAGGUAUUAGAUGAAGAAUAUUCGCAAUUAUUAGAAGAUCGUAAAUACUUAAGAACAGUUUGUUUCCCUAAUGGUGAUUUCAGUUGGCCAUUACCAGUCAAUUUACGUCGUAUCAUUCAAAAUGCUCAACAAAUUUUCCAUAACGGCCGUUACAAGGCAUCAGAUUUACGUUUGGAAGAAAUUAUUUAUGGUGUUCAACAAUUAGCCAGCAAAUUGUGGGUUAUUCGUGGAGAUACUCCAUUGACAAAAGAAGCUCAAGCUAAUGCUACAUUAUUAUUCCAAUGUUUAUUAAGAUCAAGAUUAUCUGCCAGACGUGUGAUUGAAGAAUUCAAAUUAAAUAGAGCAUCAUUUGAAUGGGUAUGUGGUGAAAUUGAAGCUCAAUUCCAAAAAUCUGUUGUUCAUCCUGGUGAAAUGGUGGGUGUUGUAGCUGCUCAAUCUAUUGGUGAACCAGCUACUCAAAUGACUUUAAAUACUUUCCAUUAUGCCGGUGUUUCUUCCAAGAAUGUGACUUUGGGUGUUCCUCGUCUUAAAGAAAUUCUUAAUGUUGCUAAGAACAUCAAGACUCCAGCAUUAACUGUUUAUUUAGAACCUGAAAUCGCAGCUGAUAUUGAAAGAGCCAAGGUUGUGCAAUCAUCUAUUGAACAUACGACUUUGAAGAAUGUUACUUCAUCUACAGAAAUUUAUUAUGAUCCAGAUCCAAGAACUACUGUUAUUGAAGAAGACUAUGAUACUGUUGAAGCAUAUUUCGCCAUUCCAGAUCAAAAGGUUGAAGAAUCUAUUGAAAAGCAAUCUCCUUGGUUAUUACGUUUAGAAUUAGAUCGUGCUAAGAUGUUGGAUAAACAAUUAACUAUGGCUCAAGUUGCAGAAAAGAUUUCUCAAAACUUUGGAGAAGAUUUAUUUGUUAUUUGGUCAGAUGAUACUGCUGAUAAAUUGAUUAUUCGUUGUCGUGUUGUUAGAGAUCUAAAAUCAUUAGAUGAAGAUGCCAAUGCGGAAGAAGAUCAAAUUUUGAAACGUAUUGAAGCUCAUAUGCUUGAAUCUAUUUCUUUGAGAGGUAUUAAAGGUAUUACAAGAGUGUUUAUGAUGCAACAUAAGGUUAGUGCACCUGAUGAAACUGGUGAAUAUAAACAAGGUAAAGAAUGGGUAUUGGAAACUGAUGGGGUUAAUUUGGCUGAUGUCAUGGCUGUACCAGGGGUUGAUUCGUCUAGAACUUAUUCUAAUGAUUUUAUUGAAAUUCUUUCUGUAUUGGGUAUUGAAGCAACUAGAUCGGCAUUAUAUAAGGAAAUUUUGAAUGUUAUUGCCUUUGAUGGUUCUUAUGUUAAUUAUAGACAUAUGGCUUUGUUAGUUGAUGUUAUGACUUCUCGUGGACAUUUGAUGGCUAUUACUCGUCAUGGUAUUAAUAGAACUGAUACUGGUGCGUUAAUGCGUUGUUCAUUCGAAGAAACCGUUGAAAUCUUGUUGGAAGCUGGUGCAUCUGCAGAAUUGGAUGAUUGUAGAGGUAUUUCAGAAAAUGUUAUGUUGGGGCAAAUGGCUCCAUUAGGUACUGGUGCGUUUGAUGUUAUGGUUGAUGAUAAGAUGUUGCAACAUGCUCCAUCUAAUAUUGCUAUGCCAACUAGUGGUGAAGAAUUUAAUGAAGAAGGUGGUGCUACUCCAUAUAGAGAAUAUGAAAUGGAAGAUGAUAAGAUUCAAUAUGAAGAAGGUGCUGGAUUCUCACCUAUUCAUACUGCUGCUGUUUCUGAUGGUGGUGCUGGAGGUUUGACGUCUUAUGGAGGACAACCAACUUCUCCAUCUGCUACUUCUCCAUUCAGUUAUGGUGCUUCUUCACCUUCAUAUGGUGGAACAUCCCCAGGGUAUGGAUAUUCUCCAACUUCACCAAGUUAUUCUCCAACUUCCCCAUCUUAUUCACCUACAUCACCAAGUUAUUCUCCAACAUCUCCAUCAUACUCGCCAACAUCACCAUCAUAUUCACCUACUUCUCCAAGUUAUUCUCCAACAUCUCCAAGUUACUCCCCAACAUCACCAAGCUAUUCCCCAACAUCACCAAGCUAUUCGCCUACAUCGCCAAGCUAUUCACCAACUUCCCCAAGUUAUUCACCAACAUCACCAUCUUAUUCUCCAACAUCACCAAGCUAUUCACCUACUUCUCCAAGUUAUUCACCUACUUCUCCAAGUUAUUCACCAACAUCACCAUCCUAUUCGCCAACAUCACCUUCAUAUUCGCCAACAUCCCCUCAAUAUUCGCCAACAUCACCUUCGUAUUCUCCUACAUCGCCACAAUAUUCACCAACAUCUCCAAGCUACUCACCAACAUCUCCUCAAUAUUCCCCAACAUCACCAUCUUAUUCACCUACAUCUCCACAGUAUUCACCAGGAUCACCUGAAUAUUCUCCAAACUCACCAAAGAAGGAAAAGAAGGAUGAUGAUAAAGAAAAAGAAUAA